AUUUUAUAUAAAUAAAAGACAAAAGAUGUCAGAUCCAAAGUUACCAGAAGUCACUGAAGAGACUCAAACAGCUACCGCUGAAGGAGAAGAAACAGUUAAAACUUGGGAGGAAGAGCUAGAAGCUGCCAAGAAUAAUUACUUCAUUGUCAGAAAUACCAUUGAUCAUAGAGAGGAGCCCUUAGAUGUCAUGAAAGAUUUAUCAGAUUUCAUCGAGAAAGUUGUUGAAGAUCCAACUAAGCUAGAAGAGAACGAAGAAGUCAGCAAGUUCUUUUACGGAGAAUGUGCCAUGAACCUACUGAAGAGACUCAAUAAGGAAAGAUCCAGCGACUCUAAUUACCUCGAUGUCAUUGCAACAGUGAUGAAGCAGUUCACAAGACUGUUUGUGAAGAGAAUUGAGCACCCAGAGCUAUCUGAGCACAUGAAGUUUGUUUUUGACCCUAACUGCAUGCUGCAUAUCUACCACUACCAGGAUACCUUGUCUGAACAGAAAAUUAUGGAACAAAAGAAGAUGGAACAAUGGAGGCAUGAUCUGAAGGUUGGAGACAAAGUUGAUGCCCUCAAAGGAGAUGAGAAGCACAAGUGCUGGGGUAUUGCCAAGAUCAUUCAGAUCAGAGACGAACUCCUUGAACUUGAGAUGGAAGGUGACCAUAAGAUUUAUGAUAAGAUCAUCAGCAAGUUCUCAGGCGAGGUUGCCCAAUUUGAGGAGUUCUCCAAGGACCAAGAAUGGAAGGGGGAGCUAAAGCCAGGAGACGAAAUAGAUGCCUUUGAUAAAGCCAAAACUUGGUACUCCUCUACAAUCCUUGAAGUUAGAGAGGAUACAGAUAUGAACGGCAGGACUUGGGAAAUGCUCAAGGUCGGAUUCAGAAUAUACAGAGAAGAUUCAAUGAAGCUUGAUGAUGAAGGAAAAAGAUAUGAAGGAUGGUCUGAAAGAUUUGACGAGUGGGUUCCUAGAUGGAGUCCAAAAGUAUCCAAACUCUUUUCCAAAGCUAAACCUAAGGCUGGCAGAGGUACUAGGCUAUAUGAAGAGACUAUUAUUGAUGACUCCAGCGAUGCUCAGAUUAAGGAAGGAGAUGCCCCAGUCUUCGCUGUUACUAGACCAACCAGAUGUAAAUCUUCCUUAUUGACAGAGUGUAUUAAUAUUUUUGGAGAGCUAGGAGGAUUUGCUCAGAUUAUGAGUAGAAUUACUGACAAGGAAAACCCAAUCAACCUUGAACUCCUUGCUAACUAUAUGGAGUGUCUUGGAAGGAUCUAUCCAAUGUAUCACAGAGAUUUCAUUGCUGACUUAGCCCCAAAGGUGAAGGAUGGUAUCCUGAAUGCCAUCUUCAACGCUCCAGAAGAGAGUAUUAGAAACAUUAAGAAGGAAAAAGUUGAGCAAAUAGUCACUAGACUAGGAGAUAUUCUUAAAAGAAUUAUGAGCUUUGAUGAAAGAGACAAGACUCUUGACAACUUGAACCUCAAUAUUGCCUUAAUGUGUCUGAAGUCUAACUUCCUUGAGAGAAGAAUUCAUGGUAUCAAGAGCCUUGCUGAAAGCUUGAAAGGAAUUAAAUAUGCUAGAGGAAGCAAAAUCAGUGGAGAAUUGAUGCUUGAAUGGAUCCAGAAGAACAAUAUCUUGGAUAUUAUCUUCGACCACAAGAACUAUCACGUUCAGAUUAUUCAAAGAUCUAAGGAGAUCUUGAAAUUCUUGAUUACCGAGGAUCAGCUAUCAACAGAGCAACUUGAUCUCUUCUGGAAGGGUACUUCAUUUGAUGAUGAGAGCAGAAGAGAGAUCUAUAAAAUCAUUCAAGAAGUGUCUGGAGUUAUGCAAAGCCACCAUGUGAAGCAAUUUCUCGACAAGUUCACUAAAGACAAAGAUGUCAAAAUUAUCCCUGAAGCUGUUAACUGUAUUUUUGAGAUGGGAAAAUCUUCAAAAGCCUUAAGCGAGCACACCACUUCAGUUGCUGAGCUUUUAUGGAGAUUUGCCACUGAUGAUAAGAACCCAUUCGACGUGUCAGACAUCGCUAUCACUAAACUAGGAGAUCUUUUGAAGAAAUGGAAGUUUAGCACUGCAAAAUCGUACUUUUACAAGUGCUUAGACAACUUGAAAAGCCAUUACUCUUCGAUUGAGUCUCUUAAGAUCCUUAAGAAGUUGAUCAAAGAUGUAGACUACUCCUCAUUCCUCUUUGACACUGAGGAAUCAGGAACUCUAGCUACCCCAGAGGAGGAUAAGACUAAUGAAGAAGAGAAGAAGGAAAACGAGCCAAAAAUCUCCAGCAAAAAUGAUGCUAUUAUCUUCUUCAUAGAGAAUGAAAACCUCAUCGAGAUCUUCCUUGAAAACCUUAGAAAUUAUAGCAAGGUCUCUCAGACAAGGAUCUGCGAGGUUAAGGACAAAGCCAAGAUCAAAGAGUUCAAAUUUGAAGGAAGGUAUGACCACAAGACCAAUAUUGAAGAGAGACUUGGCUUCCUUAAGUUCCUUGCUUCAAGCUCAACCUUCACGAUCUCAAGAAAGGAAGUAGACAUUAUCUGGAGCUGCUUAGUUGAUGAAUCUGAUAUUAACUUUGAUGAAGCAGCCUUAUUUAAAUGGCUCAAGGAGUCCUGUGAGACUCCUAAAGGAGGUAGUAUAGUUUGGGAACUCCAGGACAUUGGAGCCAUCUUCAAUGAGAGACUUGGUAAAGGUACUGGAGAAAUGACCUCUCUCACUCUUGAUGGAUUUUACUGCAUGCAAAGCUAUUUCUUGCUUGCCAAUGAGACAGCUGAAAAGCUUGAAAGAAUUGUUAAACCAAAGUCGGUCACUACUGUUUACAGUGGAUAUGGAAACCAAAUUGGUCCAACUUUCUCCACCUUCUCUAUCAACAGAGUUAGGCAGCCAGUUAAGAAAGAAGAGCCUGAAGAAGAAGUCAACUUUUUGGUGCAAACAGAGCCUAAAAACUUAGAAGGAAUUACUAAUAUCUGGAAGAUUGCUAUUGAGUGCAGAAAUAAGGAGGUUAGCAAGAAGGCCACUGAGUUUUUGAUCAAACUCUACUACAACCUCUGUCCAAGCAUUGAAGAAAAGAAGAAAGAGAUCAAUUAUGAAUGUAUUGAGUCAGCCCUUUCCUUCUUAUCCAAGAUUCAGGAGAAUAAAGAAAAGUCAGACGAGAGUAAAUCUAGUGAGAUCAUCAACAUUAUCGGAAUCUUCAAUGAAUUCCUUGCUCAGUCAGAGAGAAAAGGAACUACAGGACUGAAGCAACAGAGAUCUCUCCUGAAGGGUGAACUUUUAAACAAGAUUAGCAUCACUAACUCUGUGUCUUACAACAAGCUUAUUGGGAGAAAGAUUGAACUUUCUCUCUACAGCAAUGCUACUGUAUAUGAUAUCAAGAGAGUAAUCGGAGCUGUCAAUAGGGUCCCUGCUGAAUAUGUUAAACUUAUCAGAAGCGCUACUACAAGCGAGAUCAAGGAUAUUGACAACGGAAAGACUCUUUCAGAGUUAAACUUCAAGCCAAAUGAAGUCCUUAUGGCAACCAAGCAAAAUCUUGGAAAUAUUCCUAAAGCUCCUCUUCUUAAUAAGGACAAAUCCCUUUCUAAAGAAGCUGAGAAUAUCUUCGGAGAAUGGUUCGAUGAGUUCUCUCAUGAUGGCCUUAUGACUCCAGAUGAUUGAGUAGAGUUCAUCAGAUCAUGCACAGAUGAUAAAUGCAAGACAUCAGACAACAGAGUCAGGAACCUCUUCAAUAACCAUGACUAUGAUAAUGAUGGAAAGGUGGACAAAGCUGGAUUUGUCGAGUUUUACAGACUCUCAUGCGUUAGAAAGGAAGAAGUUGUUAGGUCAAACAUCCUUGCUCAUAACUACAGAAAUGACUUGAAGAAAAUCAGUGAUACUUGUGAAGAGAAUACUGACAAGACUAUCCUGCCAAGAUAUAUUCUCUCUCACGAAUCGAAGUACUUUGAGACUCUCUUUGGACUCUUAGACAGAACGGAUGAGUCUUCUAAAGAAGCAUGGAGCUUGAUUCAGAAAUUAGUGACGAAUCCUGCCAUAAACAAUAAGAUCCUGAACCUGAAUGUAGAGAAGAAGCAGAAUGGAGAUUAUGACUGGGAGACCUUGUUUGAUACUAAAAGUAUCUUCAAGCUCCUCUAUACCUUCCAAAUCAUUGAAAGCUUAAUUGAAGAAGGUGGGGAAGGAGACCUUGAAAUCUGCAAAGUUUACAAGAACAAAGACACUAGUAAGGCACAAACCUCAAUGACAGGAGGUUAUGGCCCUGCUGCAGCUAAUAAUAAGCAAGAAGAGGAGAAAGACAAAGAUGAGAAGGAGAAAGAAGAAGUUGAGAGACCAGACGAGUUCCUUGUCUCUGCUCUUCUCGCUUCAAACCAAAAGGACAUCGAAGAAGCUCUAAAGAAUGAGACUGAAACUAAAGAACUGAGAAAGACAUGGAUCUUUAGAUUCCUUGAAAAGAAAGGAUUUGAAUUCUCUUAUGAAUUAUUCUCAAAAACUCAGAACAAUAUUGCUAAUAUGAAUAGCUUUGAGAAGAACUUCUUAGGCUUCCUUUUGAAUAUCUUGAAGAUCUUUAUCACAUCAGCCUUCUUAGCUGUUGAACCCGAGGUUGCCAACCUUGUGAAUUUGGUAAAGAAGCAAUCGCUAGUGAAACCUCCUCCAAAGGAAGAAGAAACUUAUGAUAAUUGGGGAGCCACAAGUGAUCAUGAAGAGAAUAUUUACUCAACUCCUACAGGAAAGAAAUCGAUCUCAAGAACCUUAAUGGUUGAAGACACUGGACACUUCUAUGAUCUUGACCCUGAUCCAAUGGACAUGACCACUGAAGAUUACUUGUUCGGUGACGAUUAUGAUGACCUUGACUCUGAUAAAGCAGCAGCUGGCAGUGAUGGAGGUAUUCCUCUCAAGAAAAAGGUUAGCUCUCUCAGACCAAGAGCUGAAGAGAAUGCUGUUGAGAAAAAGAUCGAAAUGCUUGCAUCCCAACUUAAGGGUGAUCUAGGAGAUAAAAUGCUCAAGGUUAUCGAUUUUGACCAGCUCCAAAGCAUCGUACUUCAGUCAAUUGCCUCAAUCAUUGUAAAGGAAGAGAUGGACUUUGAUGAGAAAAAGAUUGUGGAGAGCUCACUCUCCCUUUGGCUUGGAUGUAUCCUGCAUAAUCCUAAAAUCCUAGACAAUUUCUUCACUUUUACAUGUGAGGAAUUUAGCGAAGUCCAAGACUUCAUCUUGAGAGGAAUUCUGUACCCUUCUUUGCAUAAGAUCAGGGAAGAAUUCUUGCACACUUUGUUCCUGUUUGCAACUAAGAUUGAGAAAGCAAAGGAGGACACCUUUGAGUAUACUCUAAAGGCAAUGCUCAGCAAAUUGCCAAAGGACAAUGAAGGAGAAGAAGCUUGCACCUCACAAUACUUUGAACUGGUAUCUAAAUUGAUCGAAGAAUAUUUCAUGAGGUUAGAGAAAGAAAAUGUCAAUAAAGACAUCCUUGAUGCCACAAAGUUCUUCACUGAAGUUAUUGAGAAAAUCAAGUCCCAUCAAUCAAGAGAGGGAAGAAACUCACUGAGACAGGAUGAAACUCUGAUUGGAUACCUUAAGAUAGCACAUAUGGUCCUUGAGAAAGGGGGACUUGGAGAAUGAGUUGACAUUGCGAUCAAUAAUAACUUCAUCACUGAGCUCUUCCAGAGAUGCCUCUUCCCAAAUAAUAUCUCUGCCUCUGAAGAGGAUGUGACAGAAGGAACAGAUGCUGGUUCUUCUCAUAUAUCAGGAAACAAGUGCAAGACUGAAGAAAGCAGAAAAUGGGCUUAUAAGUUGCUAUGGACUCUCUGUAAUAACUCUAUUGAGCUACUUAAUGAGUUGAUUGUUAACCAAAUGCAACCAUUGUGCAAGCAAAUUAGGCUCCAUCCAUCAUGGAUGUACACUCCAUCUGGAGAUACAAGGAAAGGAAAAUACAGUGGAAUCAGAAACUUAGGAUGUAUCUGCUAUAUGAACUCAAUGUUGCAACAGCUGUAUCACGUCCCAUCAUUCAGAUACCAACUCUUACAGGCUGAUGAUGGAACUCCUCCUGACUGGGUUGAACAUAAGGGAAAAAUGAUAGAUGACAACGUUCUUCAUCAAUUGCAGAGAUUAUUCGGUCACCUCGAGCUUUCGGAGAAAGUUGAUUAUAAUCCAUUCGAAUUCUGCUUCUCCUUCAAGCAAUUGGAUGGGCAGCCUACAAAUACAUCAGUACAGCAUGAUACUGAAGAGUUUUAUAAUAUUCUUUUUGAUAGAAUUGAGAACUUGAUUAAACCAACUCCUCAGAAGUACCUCUUCAAUUCUACAUUUAACGGACAGAAUUGCUCCCAAAUGGUAUGUAAAGAAUGUGGCUUCGCUAGGAACAGAUUUGAAGACUUCUACAAUGUCUCUGUCACUGUCAAAGAGAGAAAAUCUCUUGAAGAAUCUAUCAAAAAGAACUUGGAAGGAGAAGUAAUCUCAGACUAUGAAUGUCCAGGAUGUAAGAAGAAGGUAGACAUCACAAAGCGUACACUGUUCUCUAAGUCACCUAAUGUAUUAGUGGUGCAACUCCAGAGGUUAAUUUUCGACUUCAACACCUUCCAGAACCAGAAGGUUAAUUCUCACUUUGAGUUCCCUGAGAACCUAGAUCUGUCUCCUUACAGUCUGAACCAUGUUAUGAAGGAAGAAGGAAAGCUCACUGAUAAGGAACUUGGCAAGGCAGACGCCAAUGAUGAGCAAUCUGAUGAAGAAGGCGAAGACGAGUACGAAGGGCUUACCGAGGAAGAGAAAAAGGAAAGAAUCGAAGAGAAAGAACUUUAUCUCAAGAAUGUUAGAGAAAAUGAAUCUGAGUGUUAUGAGUAUAAACUUGUAGGAGUUAUCAUCCAUGUCGGAACUGCUGAUGCUGGGCAUUACUACUCCUUGAUCAACACAGAUAGAUUCUUGAAGGAAAAUGAGCACGAAGAUGAAUGGCUCGAUACUAGCAAAGACAAAUGGAUGGAAUUCAAUGAUUCAAGAGUCAGUGACUAUAACUUUGAAGACCUGAAGGGUGACUGUUACGGAGGAAGUGCAGGUAACGACGACUGGUUCGGCGGCAUGUUCAAAACUGCAUCCUAUGGUAAAAGUGCUUACUUAUUGGUCUACGAAAAGAGAUUCAAGAAGCCUAUUAAGAUCUUGAUCCCUGAAGAGAACGAGAAAGAGGGUGAAAAGAGUAAAGUAAAUAAGACUGUUAUCCCAGAAAAUGCUGUUAUUAUGACUGACUCUAAAACAAAUGAGAAGUAUUAUGAGAUUACUAUGAAGGAAGCAAAAUUGUUUGUCCCAAACAAGAUUUACAAAGAGAUCUGGUCUAAUAACUUAGAGUUCUCCUUUGAAAAGUUGAUCUACUCUAAAGAAUUCUAUGAUUAUGUUAAUGAGUUAAUGAUUGGUACACUCACCUUCAAAAAUAAGCAAGAAAGCUUGCCAGAUACUGAUAAAGAUAAGAUUGAUGAGGUCAUUAGCAAUGUCGUUACUGUUGGAAACAAGAUUGUUUACGAAGUUUUAACCAAGGCUUACCACAACCAGAAGCUUCCUACCAUUGCAAACACUCUCUGUGAGUUAUAUGAAGCUUCUGAUAAGGCUAUCAUGAACACAAUGGAAUAUAUCCUUCAGGAAGAGAAUGACGACACUGUUCUUUACGUGUUCCAGAUCAUGCUGUUCUGUAGUGAUAAAGUGUCUAGAAAUGCUGCUGCAAAGCUUGUCUCCACUUUAGUGAACAGAUGCUUUGAGUUAGAGAAGGAAUACAUUAAUGAAACUGAAAAGGUAACAAUCAAAGUUGUUGAAGAUCUUAUCUCAACGGGUGAUAAAGAGAAAGAAGAGGAAAAGGUUGAGAAGGAAGUCAUCCGACCAAAAUCAAUGGCAGUCAGAUUCUAUGAUCUUGCUAUUAAGACUCUAAAGGAAAGAGGGCCUUCAAACUGGAGCAAAUUUGAGCAAUAUCUCUGUAUGCUCAGAAAUAUCAUCGUUGGGGGAGAAGCUCAGAUUAAUUUAACAAUGGAAAGAGGAGGCAUUAUUGGAUUUGUAGAUUUCAUGCUUGGACAAAACAGUCCUCUUUAUACUGCAGGUGAAAAGAGAACCAAAAUGGGAAGUGCUUAUUCUGCACCUAAAUUUGGACCUCUCUUGGAAGCAAUUUCACAUCUAAUUGUCAGAUGUUAUACUCCUCAAUUUAAUAAGGACUCUGAAGUCAAGCCAAGUACAUUCGACGCUGAGGCUUCUGUCCACUAUGAACUCAAUGAAGAUAAUAUCAAGAAUUUCUUGCUUCAUCCUGAAUUCCUGAAGGUCGCUCUUGUGAACUGAAAUGCUAUGUUAGGAAAGGCUAUCUCCCAUAUUUCAUAUAAUGAUCUUGAAGCUUCAAAGGAAAUCGGAAAAGUUAUUCUGAAGACUAUCAACUCUACUGAUUAUGAGAAAAUUCAAAACUGCAUGAUUGUUGCUAAGCAAUAUCUUUACAUCGAAGAUCAAUUCCAAAGAAACAGAGCUGAAUGGGUUCUAGGAUUCAGCUGCUUGAGUGCUAGACUGACUAACCCUGAAGGACUUCCAAGAUUCGGAGUUUCAUACUGCAGUAGCAUUGUAGAUGAAGUGUAUCAGUACCUCUGCCCACUUGACUUGACUGGAAAAGAGAAUUCAUUACUCUCACUUCUCACUAGGUACAGAGGAAAGAUGGAUCUUUAUGUUGUAAACUGUCUGAAUAUCUUGUUUGACAUAAUUGUGGGAAGUGAUUUCUUGUCUGAAUACAUGUUCAACCUCGAUCCAUUAACUUAUGAAUCUGCUAGAUUCACAGAUUGGAUCAGACCGUACCUAGAGAAAGAACUUGUCAAAGCUUCCAGAAUAAUCUCUGCGUACAGCAAGAACAACAAGAAGGAGGAGAGCAUCAGGAAGUGCUUCGGGUACCUCGAAAAGUAUGAAGCAAAGCUCAGAAACUACAACAGAAAACUUCAAGGACUCCCUCUCGAGGAAGAACCAGCAAAGACUGAGGACAAGAAAGAAGAGGUUAAAGAAGAAGCCAAGGCCGAAGACACUAAGGAAGAAGAAAAGGUUCCUGAACAAGAAGAGCAUUCAUUCCAGGUCAUUGAAGCUAUCCCCAAGAGAUACAUCAUCAACUGCGCUACUAGGAUCGAGAAGGUGUACGAAGAAAUUAGAGAUGAAGAAGGCGUCGCUGUAGUUGUACAUAAAGUCUUCUGUGAGAUCGCUGAGUCUCAGCCAACUACUUAUGGCAAUAAGACUUUACCAGGAUAUGCCUUCUAUAACUCCAAGAUGGAAGCAGCAGAUUAUGAAGAGAAGCAUAUCCAGAGCACUCAGGAGUUUGAACUAGACCAUGAGGGCGAAGGAGAUAGUCAGAGAGAAGGAAUGCCAAAAGAGAGCGUCUCUAACCUUGAUGAUGUCCAGGUCGGAGUCAACAAAGUCACUGUUAACAAUAAGAAUGAGCAAGAUGAUGAUGAAGAAGAGAAAGGAUCAGACUGGAACUUGCCAAAAAGAGAAACUGACUUCGUCCUCGUUGCAUCUGUCAUGAACAAUCUUAACAAGAGCUUGGUAAUAGAUAUGAAACUUGUAUGCGAAGAUGAUCUGAGUAGAGAGAACAUUAAAGCUCCUGUAAAUACAAUUGAAGCCACUAUUAAGCCUCUCACUCAAGAGAUGUGGAUGGUGCUUCACAAGGUUGACCCUGACAAGGAUUGGGGCGAGUUUAAAUUUGAAUGGAACUACAAAGAGAAAAAAAUUGAGCCCAGAAAUGUCAAUCAUCUCGUGUUUGACGACAGGGUAAGCCGCCUAGCCGAUUUAAUCAGCGCAAUGAGAGUUAUGCAAGCCUAAUGAUGAUGGGGCCGAUCAUUCAGGGUAAUUUCUACGGAAUUUAAUUAAAUUACCCAAUAAAUCUUACAUUGAUUACUAAAAGUACUUACCUACCAAUUUACGA